AUGGAAGCCUCACUGGGCAGUGUUGCCCUAACUGUUGUUUUGGUUAGCAUUGUAGCAUGGGCAUGGAGUUUGCUGAAUUGGGUGUGGUUCAGGCCAAAGAAAUUAGAAAGAUACCUGAGGCAACAAGGCUUGGGGGGCAACUCCUACAGACUUUUGUUUGGAGACUUGAAAGAAAGCUCCAUGAUGCACAAACAAGCAAGAUCCAAACCCAUGAACCACCUCUCACAUGAUAUAGUGCCGCACAUCCUCCCUUUUCUCCACCAGACAGUGAUCACCUACGGCAAGAAUUCUUUUAUUUGGAUGGGGCCCACUCUGAGGGUGAACAUUUUGAAUCCAGAAGAUUUGAGAGAUGUCUUAAACAGAUAUGAUGAUUUUCGGAAGCCACUUAGUAAUCCAAUAACAAGGGUACUUCCACAGGGACUUGUAAAUAUUGAUGGUGAAAAAUGGACGAAACACAAAAAGAUUAUCAACCCAGCAUUCCAUUUAGAGAAGCUAAAGGUUAUGGUACCGACAUUUUACCAAUGUUGUAGCGAGAUGAUUGAUACAUGGGAGAACUUGGUGGCCAACGAGGGUUUAUAUGAGUUGGAUGUGUGGCCUUGGCUACAGAGUUUGGCAGCCGAUGUGCUUUCUCGAGCUGCAUUUGGAAGUAGCUAUGAAGAGGGAAAGAAAAUAUUCCAACUGCUGAAAGAGCAUGCGAGAAUUGGUGCAACACUUCUAAGAAGAAGCUUAACAAGUGUCUAUAUCCCAGGAUGGAGGUUUCUACCAUCAAAAAUGAACAAGAGGAUGAAGGAAAUUAAUAAAGAGAUAAGAGUGUUAAUCAUGGAUAUUAUAAACAAAAGAGAAGGGACGAUUAAGGCAGGUGACAAUAUUAAUAAAGAUGAUUUAUUGGGUGUGCUUUUGGAGUCCAACUCCAAGGAAAUUAAGGAACAUGGGAACCACAAAAACGUUGGAAUGAGUAUUGAAGAAGUGAUUGAGGAGUGUAAGCUGUUUUACUUUGUUGGGCAAGAGACCACUGCAGCAUUUCUAGUUUGGGCAAUGGUUUUACUAAGCCACAAUCAGAAUUGGCAAAAUCGAGCAAGAGAAGAAGUCUUGCAGGUUAUUGGAAGCAAUAACACACCAACCUUUGAUGAGCUAAUGCACCUACGUGUUGUGACCAUGAUCUUACUGGAAGUUCUGAGAUUAUACCCACCGGGUGUUGAGGUGUCUAGAAUCACUCACAAGAAAACACAACUUGGGAAAUUAUCAUUACCAGCUGGAGUCGACGUCUAUGUACCCAUACUUCUUGUUCACCAUGACAAAGAAUUGUGGGGUGACGAUGCAGAUGAGUUCAAACCAGAGAGGUUUUCAGGAGGAGUUUCAAAUGCAACAAACAACAGAUUCACAUACUUCCCCUUUGGCGCUGGUCCGCGGAUUUGCAUUGGCCAAAAUUUUGCUAUGAUGGAAGCAAAACUGGCCUUAUCAUUGAUCUUACAACACUUCACCUUCGAGCUCUCUUCAUCCUAUGCUCAUGAUCCUUCAACAUACGCAACUCUUCAACCUCAAUUUGGUGCUCACAUCAUUUUACAUAAACGUCGUUAUUAGUUUUGUUAAGUAUCGAUGUUUAAAGUUCUAAACCAU